AGAGAGAGAGAGAGGAGAGAAAGAAUUUGUAAUCAACCCUAACAAGGAGUAAACAAAGUGGUUCCCUAAUUUUGAUCUGCAAAUUCAAAUCAAUUAUUAGAAUUUCGUUGGAGUUAAUCGAGAUGAACGAGCAAGCUCCGAUGAUGAAUCAACAGCAGCAGCACUUGAUGAGCUUAAAUCCUAACAUGAUGAGUAUGAAUCAAAUGAGUCAACAGCCUCAGCCGCAGAUGGUUCCUCCGAUGAGUCGAGGCUACGGGGGCGUGUGGCCCCAGCCGAUGCAGUUUCAGAAUCCCAACCCUAACCCAGGCGCCAUGAAACCCCCAGUGCCCUCCUUCAAGAAGCCUUUGGGUCCGAGGAACAACUGGAAGGGCAAAAAGGUAAAUAAGCCCAACGACAAGAGGAGGAACAACGGCCAGCUCAAAUCUGUAAUGGCUGGUUCCAGCUCAGGUGGUCCUGCCGGAGUUGUGAAUAUAACCGGCAAUAUGAACUUUAACAGCUAUCAGCCUCCCACUCUGAACGAGUUGCAGCACCAGAAUCGACUCAAAACCCACAAGUUCUUCCCCAAGAAGAAGUUCAAUAAGAACAACACCAACAGGAACACAAACACAAACACAAACACGAACACGAACAUGAACAUGGGCGGCGGUUACAACAAUUUCAACAACAGCAGGGCAGCCCCUUAUGCUCCGAGGAACACGACUUCAUUCAUAAUCCGAGCAAAGAAGAGCGGCGGCAUAGCUUCUCUCGUCUCGCCUUCUCCCGUGACGCCAGCUGUCCUUCCGACUCCCAUAUUCUCUCCUUCCAGGGAAGUUUUGGUUGAUAUGGCCAAGGAAGAGUGGGGGGUUGACGGAUAUGGGUCGAUGAAGGGUUUGAUCCGGCUGAGAUCACCUGGGCAUGAGAUGGAGGCCCACGACGAAGACGAGGAGGAUGACGGGGACUCGAGUGAUAGUGAUGUUGAGGAGCAUGUGGAGGUAGAAAGGAGGUUGGACCAAGAUUUGAGCCGUUUUGAGAUGCUUUAUAACCCGAAUAGUGCUGUAGCUGGUGGGAUGGAUUUCCAUAGUGUGCUUGAGAAUCGGGUGGAUGAUCAGGACAGCCAUAUUGCACAGUUGGAGGAGGAGAAUCUGAUAUUGAAGGAGAGGUUGUUUUUGAUGGAGAGGGAGUUGGGGGAUCUUAGGAGAAGGAUGCAAUUAUUGGAGAGGAGGGGAAAUAGGGUUGGGGAAAUAAUUAAUGAGGAAGUUGUGGAGAAUGUGUCGGAAAACGAGAGUGGCAGCCUUGGAGAGGAAGGUGGGCAUUCGGUGGAGGACAAUAAUGAAGAUUUUAGUGAAAAUAAUAUGAGGGAUGCGAAGGGGAAAUUCGGUGAUGGUAUGUAUGCGGAAGUGGAGACUGUAGAGAAAAAUGAGGAGUUGGGUUUUCAGAAGGGAGUGCAGAAAGAAUUUGAUAUGAUUGGUGUAGAUGGUAAGGGCAGCAGGAAGGUUAGUGAUUCUGAAGAUAAAGGAGAAAAUAACAAAGAUGAUGAGUACGUUGACGUGAAGAACAAAAAUGGUGAUGUGUUUGAUUUGGGGAAGGAAGUAGAGAAUAAAGAUGAUGUGGUUGGUGAAGCUGAUGAGAACAGCAAGGUUGCCAAAACUGAAGGCAAAGAUGAAAAUCACAAUGAUGAGUCCGUUGAUGCAGAUAAGGUUGAGAGGAACAAUAUGGUUGUUAAAGAUGGAGACGAGAAUAAUAACCAUGAGGUUAAUAAGUGUGUGGAUAUGGAAGUGACAGUUAUGGCCAACAUUGAUACUGAGUCAUCUGAACCUGUGGUGGCAGGUGGAAAUAUUUGUAUGGAAGAACAAAGAGUUACAGAAGGUGCUACCACAGUUUUUUCGAGUGAUGUUGCAAAUUGAUGAGGUUAUAUGAAAGCUCGAGUACGAGAUUUGGGUCGACGACUUUUGAAAUCAGCAGAAUGUGCAUAUAUAUCUUCACAGGUGCUUUCCCAUUUAGGUUUUGUACUUGGUAAUACUUUUGGUUAAAAUUCCUGAACUUGAUGUGUCUGCUAGAGUGUAACUGAAGAAAGAGCGAGAGAGAAGAUCGUUUGUUUUCAUAUAUUAGAUCCCCUAUCCAUGACUGGUUCCUUUUUACUAUGACGGGUAACUAGUAAAUGGAGAUUAUGAGUAUCUGUUUUAGUUUUUGGAUAGUUGUUCCAUUGGUGGUGAUGUUUACUUUUCUUUACUUUUCCCCUUCAUCAUGUGAAGACUUUGAGCCUAUAUUUCUAUUGUUUGUAAGGAACCAGUGAAUUUUUACACCUUCUCUUAAUAAUUGUUCUACGUGUCUACGUAUUCCCGAAAGGAUCUCGUUUCCAUUUUUGAUCCUUUGAUUGCUUGCAUUGUUGGAUUUGUUCUGCCCGUAAUUUGUUUCAUAAGUUUAUCGCUGUUUAUUGAAGUUGGAAAGAAGGUUGGCCCAUCCUUCUGAGCCUCUGGCGACAGGGUAAUUGAUAGUUCUUGCAGCCGAUAAUCUGCCGACAUUCCUCGAUGUAUACAGCUUCCAUUUGAAUUCUCACGGGACAAAUUUGAAGGCCCUCUUUGGUGAGGAAUUGUGUUAGAAAGUGGUAGUUCAAAGCUGCUUUGGCCUCAGAAUUGCAAAUUGUUACUAAUUUACUUGUUUAGUUUUCUUCCAUGCUUUUCUUCUUUUCCUUUUUAGUGACCUGUGGAGAGAGAAAGAGAGAGAGAGUUAUGGUAUUGAGAUAACUAUAAUUCUGAAAAAAUUUAAUUGAUUAUUCAUUUUUUUUUUAUGGAUGUAUUUUGGAGUUAUUAUACGAUUCUAUUCUUAAUGCAGAUUUACUCGG